AUGUCAUUGGAAAAGAAGCUUACGCAGGUGGCGCUGAAUCCGGCCUAUCAUGACUUCUUCACGGUGGUCAAGGGCUUUCGCAAUGGUAUUGUGUACGGAGCCAAGAUUCGGUUCCCACACGCGCUGGUGAUGACGUUCCUCUUUGGCCGAGGCACCCCGCGCGAGAAGCUCGCCUUCAUCCUGCGCGCUACCAAACAGCAUGCGCUCAACCUGGGCACAUUUACGCCGCUGUACAAGUUCCUCACCAUCGCACUGCGACGCAUCUACGAAGCUACCGGCGGCAAAGGAGCCGUUCCCCAAUGGCACAGUCUCGUUGCAGGUCUUAUCGGAGGCUACUAUGUUUUUGGUGAACGAACACCCGUCAACGAACAGACGCCAGCGGACUGGCCGGCAGGAAAGCCCAAACCGACGGACAAGUCGUGGUUCGCCGCAUACGCCACCAUCACCUGGGGUGUCGUCAUGUGGCUCCACGAAUACCGACGCCAAACCAUCCAAACCGGCAUGGUCAACAGCAUGGACUAUCUCUACCACAACGCAGGCAAGUGGGACAGACAAAGAGCGCAGGACGUUCUGCAGAGAACAUUUUCGCAUAUGCGUUCGUGCCUCGGCUGCCACGACACGGCAUCUGAAGCAUUGUCGAUCCUGCAGGCGCUCAUCAAGUCUGUCGCUACUCUCUCGGCCGAUGAGGUCGCGCGGGAUCGACGCAACAUUUAA